AUCCUACUAGCCUCAUGCCAUGAAUAUGCUGCAGAAUGUCACGUGUUCUACUUAUAUCAGUACACUUGUAACAAUUUAAGCAUUACGAAACUUAUUUUUGAUCAAAUAAACAUAACGUAGAAAAUAAGCCAUUCAUUUUUUUGUUGAAUAAAUUCGACACUCAUUGACCUCCAUACAACAGCUCCUUGCUUGGUCGACGAAAAAAAUACCACUUGCUGGAGGGAGACAGAUUUUCCGCCGAGUUGGGCCUCCAAAGAUGUUUAUAACCAACCAUUGUUCUGUGGCCUCGUUCUUCCUCUGAUUGGCUACACAUUUUGUGCCAAAAGAGUUUGUGGCGGGUUGUUUAAGUUAUUCGCGCUUUAUCCUCCUCAUUUGAAGUCAGCGGCGGUUGCUAGCGUGAAAUACUGUGUCAUUGUACCGCUACAUUCUAAGCUAUAUACAGUAUUAGUGUUAUUCUUAUAUUUCACACUUCCUCUGGAAAGAAAACAACCCUUGUCAACAUGCAUGUGAUAAAGCGAGAUGGGCGCCAAGAGCGUGUCAUGUUUGACAAGAUUACCUCCCGCAUCCAGAAGCUGUGCUAUGGACUCAACUCUGACUUUGUCGAUCCAACCCAGAUCACUAUGAAGGUCAUCCAAGGUCUGUACAAUGGGGUCACCACAGUGGAGCUGGACACGCUGGCUGCAGAGAUCGCUGCCACACUCACCACCAAACACCCCGACUAUGCCAUCCUGGCUGCCCGCAUUGCAGUCUCCAACCUGCACAAGGAGACCAAGAAGGUUUUCAGCGAUGUGGUGGAGGAUCUAUACAACUAUGUCAACCCGCUAAACAAACAGCACUCUCCCAUGGUCGCCAAGGAAACACUCGACAUUGUCCUAGAAAACAAGGACCGCCUCAACUCGGCCAUUAUCUUUGACCGGGACUUCUCCUAUAACUUCUUUGGAUUCAAGACACUUGAGCGGUCCUACUUGCUGAAAAUUGAUGGGAAAGUUGCUGAGCGACCACAGCACAUGCUCAUGAGGGUGGCAGUUGGGAUUCAUAAGACUGACAUUGAUGCUGCCAUCGAGACUUACAACCUGCUGUCAGAGAAGUGGUUCACCCACGCUUCCCCCACACUCUUCAACGCUGGCACCAACCGCCCACAGCUGUCUAGCUGUUUCCUGCUGGCCAUGAAGGACGACAGCAUCGAGGGCAUCUACGACACCCUGAAGCAAUGUGCCCUAAUCUCAAAAUCAGCAGGGGGCAUCGGAGUGGCAGUCAGCUGCAUCAGAGCCACGGGCAGCUACAUCGCUGGGACAAAUGGAAAUUCCAAUGGGCUUGUUCCCAUGCUCCGAGUGUACAACAACACAGCACGCUAUGUGGACCAGGGAGGCAACAAGAGACCUGGUGCGUUUGCCAUGUACUUGGAGCCGUGGCACUUUGAUGUGUUUGACUUCUUGGACCUGAAGAAGAACACGGGGAAGGAAGAGCAGAGGGCCAGAGAUCUGUUCUACGGCAUGUGGAUCCCUGAUCUCUUUAUGAAGAGAGUGGAGAGCAACCAGGACUGGUCCCUGAUGUGCCCCAGUGACUGCCCUGGACUGGAUGAGUGCUGGGGGGAGGAGUUUGAGAAUCUCUAUACCAGGUAUGAGCAAGAGGGUUGUGUGAAGCGGGUGGUAAAGGCCCAGCAGGUGUGGCACGCCAUCAUUGAGUCCCAGACUGAGACGGGCACCCCCUACAUGCUCUACAAGGACGCCUGCAACAGGAAAAGUAACCAUCAGAACCUGGGAACCAUCAAGUCCAGUAACCUCUGUACUGAGAUUGUAGAGUACACCAGCCAUGAUGAGGUGGCAGUGUGUAACCUGGCGUCAAUCGCCCUCAACAUGUACGUCACCCCAGAGAAAACAUUUGACUUCAACAAGCUGGCCUAUGUCACCAAGGUCAUUGUUAGGAACCUCAACAAGAUCAUCGAGAUCAACUACUACCCUGUGAUCGAGGCUGAGAACUCCAACAAGCGCCACAGGCCCAUUGGUAUUGGUGUCCAGGGUCUGGCUGAUGCCUUCAUUCUGAUGCGUUUCCCCUUUGAGAGUGCUGAGGCCCAGAAGCUCAACACUCAGAUAUUUGAGACCAUCUACUACGCUUCCCUGGAGUCCAGCUGUGAGCUGGCUGCUGAGCUUGGUGCCUACCAAACCUACACAGGCUCCCCCGUCAGCAAAGGAAUCCUUCAGUAUGACAUGUGGGACAAAACCCCAACUGACCUGUGGGACUGGAAACUUCUCAAGGAAAAGAUUGCCAAGCAUGGUGUCAGGAACAGUUUGCUGCUGGCCCCUAUGCCCACGGCCUCCACAGCCCAGAUCCUAGGCAACAACGAGUCCAUCGAGCCCUACACCAGUAACAUCUACACCCGCAGAGUCCUCUCUGGGGAGUUCCAGAUUGUGAACCCCCACCUGUUGAAGGACCUAACAGAGCGAGGGCUGUGGAACGAGGCGAUGAAAAACCAGCUGAUUGGUCAGAACGGAUCCGUCCAGGGCAUUGCUGAGAUCCCAGAUGACCUGAAGGAGCUGUAUAAGACUGUGUGGGAGAUCUCCCAGAAGACUAUUCUGAAGAUGGCUGCUGACCGCGGUGCCUUCAUAGACCAGAGCCAGUCCCUCAACAUCCACAUCGCUGAGCCCAACUAUGGCAAGCUCACCAGCAUGCACUUCUACGGCUGGAAGCAGGGUCUGAAGACAGGCAUGUACUACCUGAGGACCAAGCCUGCAGCCAACCCCAUCCAGUUCACCUUGAACAAGGAGAAGCUGAAAGAGUCUCAGUCGGUUAAGAACGAGGAGGAGAUCAAGGAGAUCAACAGAGCCGCUAUGGUGUGUUCCCUGGAGAACCGUGACGACUGCCUAAUGUGUGGCUCUUAGACCGGCCCCUAACUCCUCCUAUCCUCGCUCUUAGUUAAUUAACCAUUGCGGUGGACCACUGAACUCCUCAAUAUCAUUGAACCCCACUCUGAUUGUCUUUAGGCCAGUUAAUGUCAUAGUUAUCUGCCCUGAUGUCAGAUCAUAGGCUCACGCUUGGGGUUGAUAGAUCAGGCUAUUAUGGUUGUUUUGUGGGCGUGCUACUGUAGCCUAAGUAGUGCUGUACAUGGUGCGCUUCUGUCUGCCUUAUCACAGAUUAUUAACUGUAGGCAGUUUUCUAUUUAUCUUGGGUACACUGUUUGAUUUGUAUAGAAUUCAGUGUUUCAUUUUUUUUAAAGUGUGAACUCCAUUGUUAAUAUGUAAAUCUAAGGAUUUCAUCAUUUAAAUUUCAUUCAAGAAGUUAACCUCAAUGGUGUAUUCUUUGUAUUUUACCUGUGUGGUGGGUGCUUUGUAAUUAAGUUUUGACAUUCAUGCAAUGUCCUGUUGUACUUAUGGUAAAGUAUACAGUAGUUCGUUGGCCAUUUUAGCAUGUAAAUCUUGGAAGGGCAAAAAAAACUAGAUAACAAUACAUUUAAUUGGACUAUAACGGUGCCCACAAACUGUUAGGGGCUAUAUAAAGCUGCCCCCGCAGCAGUCCCAACAUCUUACCACUGCUACACCUAGCUAUCAGCGGAGCCUUGUUUGGCAGCGAAACCGUUCAUUCAGCCACAUUUACUGCCUUUACACAAGUCAGCUAUGUUUUUUUUUUAUUUUUUAUUUUUAUUUUUUACAAAUGUGGGUUCUACUUACAAUUGAGAUGUACAAAUAAUGGCAUAAGGGGACAACGAUCGGAUAAGAGGCUAUCCAUAAUUUCGAUUAAGACAAUGAACAAGCUAGGAUGGACGUAGUCAAUCUAUUUGCUCAGCACUUUUUGAAAUUUACAGCGACAGAACUCAAAACAUGGGCCGUUCUUAGUGUUCUCCCUGUGCACCAAGUCAGAACCGUAGGAUAAAUAAAGGGGACAUAUAAGUAGACCAUAAACUCUUACAAUCUUUGAUUACAUUACUCUAAAACAGGCUAUAGGCUACAUGUGCACCACCAAGUCUGAACUGUAGGCUAAGGGACCAAAUUAUUAGGGUGAGAAACAUGGGCUACUAACAGCUUACUACACAACAUACUGUAGCUAAGAAAGUAAUACUAUCUCCCUGACAUAUUACAUUUAUGCAGCGGUAUACAAUACAUUUUUGGACUCACCUUAUUGUACUGUGCUCACUUGAACAGAAAGGUGGCGUGGCGGUCCUUCGUGGGCAAAUUGUGUCAAACUUUGUUAUAAGUAUGGCAUUCUCUGGAUUUAUGGUGCUUUCAAAACAACUGGGAAUAAAACAAGGUCGAAUCAUGGCGUUAGUGGUCUUCAGAUCUGAGCUCUAGAAAGAGAUUUCCCAGUUCUGAGUUUCCAGUUUUGAAAGCGGCAGGAGUCAUGAUGGAAUGACAGCAUGGCCAAUGUUGAAUGUUUAUCCUUAUUAAGAUUGGAAAAGAGACCCAUAAACCCAGACUUGGACCACAUCCACUCCACUGAAUAGCAUGUUAGUGAUUGCUGUGCAAUGCUUGCAGUUAGCCAAUGAUUCCUUCCAAACCACUCAUUGUUGAAUUUGCGAUUUCUAACUUGUUUAAUGUUUAUGGCCGAUGAGCACUGAUACGUUUUAUCUAUAAUUUCUCUUCAUAUGACAAGGAUUGAAAAGGAUUUGCCAGUAGAUUGUCGACUUGAUUCAAGAUGACUGCUAGCUUGCUAGUUAAGAUUUUGAAAGUAUGAUGUUGACAUGAUCAGUCCAAUCAAACCUACUGUAGAUAUGUAAUUUUAUCUGUGGCCAAUGACCUUGAGCCAUCUUGGAUGGGCACUUCUAAUGUAACUCUGGCAGCACCCAAGGGGCUUGCUUGAAUAUUCGAGCUCUCCCUGUAGAUUUUGCAGUGACGUAGUGUCCCUAUGAGUGACAGAACACUGAGCCAAUCACGGCGCAACUAGAGAACAUUACCAACUCAUACGCUCUGUAUUUUCCUCUGGCUGCCCACCACCACAGCAGGCACGGUAUGCUGAAACACCUGCAUUUUGUAGCUGCCUUACUCAAGAAAGCAAAGAGACCAUGUUUGUAUGCAGCUUCAUUAACUCAAUAUUUUUAUUUUAUUUUUUGCAUUAUUUGCAAACUGAUAUGUGACAUGUAUUAAUGCCAAAAUAACAUGCGAAACAGGUAACAAGAAAAUAAAAUGAAUUUUUAUUAUUAUUUAUUACUCUAGCUAAAUGGGUAGGGCUCUGCCCUGAAUGACGGCAGUAGUUAAGCAAUACCAGUACAUGGGCACAAGGUGACUAUUUUGUACUUGAUAGGCAUUGCAUUAGGAAGAUGGGGCUUCUUUCACUCUGGAUCUUCUAAUCCUAAAUCCAGAAUUGUUAUGGUGAGUGUUGGGUCCAAUCCCAAAUGGACCCCUAUGCACUUGUGGAGAUCUGAGAAUUUUUAUUGGUAUUAGAAAUGUAGUGGGGAAAUUCUUACACCGGGACACUCAAAGUCAAUCGUAAAUAAAUAAUUGUCAGCGUGCUGGAGAGGUUCCAACCAACUCAAUGCACCAUAGUACACGUCUGUCAGAAGCUCUUCCUGGGUAGACCCAGCAGUUGUCUUCUAUACGGCUAUAAACGGACAAGUUAUAUUUGCAUGUGAUGGGAUCAGAUUUCUGAACUUUAAAUAUUAUUAAUCAUUAGUUAUGUUAGAUACAUGAGCGGUGCCAUAGGGUUUACACCAGAUGGUUAUCUGUAGGAGGAAUGUUUAUGGUGGGUGCAAUUAAGCUUGGAAUGUGCUAAGUGCAGGGAAAAGGAUCACAUGUGGCAGCACUGAUAAGGGGAGAGAGCCGUGGAUUAGUGAGGAAGGGGGUAGCGGUAAGGGAGAAGGAACAGUUUAUUGCCUGUAUAACAAUUUCCUGCCUAGUAAUAAAGCUGUAGUGUUUAAAGAGGAGACCACUCAAAUUGGGGUAUAUCUUACCACUGAUGGAGAUAUGUCUUUGUCUGUUCAGCUGUUCGAUCCUUUAGGGUGAAUAAACUUGGUUUAAGCUUU